CUAAAUCCUUUCUCCAAUAAAAGUCAUUCACUGAAACAAGAAAGCAGAAUUGGGAGAAAUUUUCCAGAAGCAUACGCGAACGGAGAGAGAGAGAGAGGAAAAAGGAAAACGCGAACAAAACAAAGGAAAAGAAAAUGGAGGAAGAAGAGCAUGAGGUGUACGGAGGAGAAAUACCCGACGAAGGAGAGAUGGAAGGCGACUUGGACCCUCACAACGCCGACGUCGACAUGUCCGCCGCCGAUGACGACGCCGUCAAGGAAUUGGAUGAGAUGAAGAAACGGUUGAAGGAAAUGGAAGAUGAAGCAGCGGCUCUUCGUGAAAUGCAGGCCAAGGUCGAGAAGGAAAUGGGUGCUGUUCAAGAUCCUUCUAGCAUAGCAGCUAAUCAGGCAAGCAAAGAGGAAGCAGAUUCACGAUCAGUUUUUGUUGGCAAUGUUGAUUAUGCAUGCACACCUGAAGAAGUGCAGCAGCAUUUUCAAUCUUGUGGCACUGUAAACAGAGUGACUAUCCUUACUGACAAGUUUGGCCAACCAAAAGGCUUUGCUUAUGUGGAGUUCCUGGAAGCAGAAGCUGUUCAAGAGGCACUUGUGCUGAAUGAAUCUGAAUUACAUGGCCGCCAAUUGAAGGUUUUGCCUAAAAGGACUAAUGUUCCUGGGAUGAAGCAGUACCGUCCAAGGCGUUUCAAUCCUUAUAUGGGCCAGCGGUUCAGGAGACCCUAUGUACCACCUUAUUUCUACUCUCCUUAUGGAUACGGGAAGGUUCCUAGAUUCAGGAGGCCUAUGCGAUACAUGCCUUACUACUAGAAGACGAUUGAGCUUGUGAUAACAUAUUUAAUAAGUUUGAAUGGUUUCAUCCAGGAAGUAUAAUGUCAAUGCAUUAUGCCAGUCUGUUCAGAGGUUAUAAACAGACAAUUUCUAUUUGCCAUAUGCAAUUUGUAUCAUCUACUAUCAACUGAAUGACAUUGCUAAAAGUAUCAAACUUUCUAGCUUAAUAAUUUGGACAAUUUAUGAUUAUAGUA